AUGUUUAAGAUGCCUCGGGCAACUUUUAGAACGAGUUUGCUGGCCUGGGCCGCUAUGACCCUAGCUUUUGCAUGGACUGGCAGCCCUGGGCCGUGGCUCAUCCUUUCAGAUGAAGUGUCAGAGCCUGCCCCUGUAGUGUUCCUGCGGAAUAAGAGGAACCCUUUCGUGGACGCAGUGGCGGGCACCAUUUGUGCGGCCAUAGCUUUCUGCCUCCUGUGGCUGAAUGAAGGCCACGCAGUCAGGAUAGAACAGCUACUAGAUUUGGUGCGACGUCGUGUCAGAGAGAUUGGGCCAUCUGCUGCACCGGAAAACGAAAGGCACCUUGUAUUUUUGCAGGGGAAUGCCAGAACAACUGAUGAGCUGGUGCUGCCAGAGUGGGGCAGUGUAUGCGCUCCAGCCAACUCUGCCAAGCUCAGGGC